UAUGUAGCACGUGUGGUUUGCAUUUUGUAGCUAAAUAGUUAUUCUUUUCCCGCCGUGGUCGACAGUGGUGCUUGUUCUGUUGCUGAACAGCACAAUGGCGAAGACAUUUGUCAAAGACCUUAGUCAAAUGCUGUUCGAAGAGUAUAAAGGACCAGUUUCCACUGAAGAACUCAAGUUGGCAUUUAAGACUGCUAUUAAUCAACUGUCUGUGGGCAAACUGAAAGAAGAUCUUGACAGAAAUUUUGACAAGCAUUUGAACAAGCUGGAAAAGCGAUUGGGAAGUCUAUGCUGUACCGAAGUUCCAGACAUUAGCUCCAAUGUUGUCACGAGUCUUCAGGAGGAGAUUACUGGGCUAGACAGACGGACAGACGUUGGCGAGCAGGACAGAGGGAGGAAUGUCAGUGACGAGCAGGCUAGAGACAAUCAUCACCACUUGGUUUACAACUUGAUGUCGAAACCAGUAAAUAAUCCCAAGAAGAAGAGCCUUGCAACAAUGCCAGAUGAAGUAAAGAAAGUUAUAUAUUGUGGGUUUUUGAAGGAAGCUCUGCAAAGGAGUGAUGUUACAGAUGAGAAGAUUUCAAUUGUUGUUAAACAGUUGACUGCUGUUUUAAAGAAGUUGAUGAAGGAGGAGGAUGAGAAGUUUGAUUGGUUGCCCAGCCUCAGUGUCCUCCUGAACCUUGCUACGGGCUCACUCAGUGUGGUCAGAGUGUUGAAGAUGCUCUUUAAGAUGAGUGAAGCUGAUGUCAACAACUGCUUGGAGAAGAACAAGCCUGUCAGAGCAGGAAAGCUGAUGGCUAUUUUGAAAAACUUCCUGUCUUAUGGCCAUCUGAAGCUGAAGAAAACAAAGUUCCAGGGUAAGGAAGGCAGCCAUUAUGGCACAGUAACCUCUGCUCUCUGUUCCAUGUAUGUCGACCUCGCACUUGUACGCUCAAGCCGUGUGGCCAGUAAGAAGAGUUAUGGACGGGAAGUGUGCGGGUUUGUGUGUUUCGUGCAGCCGGACACUGAACACCUGCUCGAGGUUGCACUGCAGCUUAACAAGAUGGCCCCCAACACUGCCCCUAUUCUCAUGCCCCUGAUCAGCAAGUGCUUGUCUGUGAAGCCAGAUGGGAAGAGCCACCACCAUUACCUCAAGUAUGUCCUGCUUGUGAAGAAACUCGUGGAGAACAUUGGGACAGACACUCCAUGGGUAUCAGAGUGCCUCGCUCAAGCUAGGAGUGUGCCGGCAGGGGCAGAAUUUGUGUCAUGGUUGAGUGAUGAGUGUUCCAAGGCUCUGGAGAGUCUCCCAGUGGAGGACAGGAAGUUUCGAAAAGGACGUGUCACCCGUUUCCUGCUGGAGGAGGCCAGUGACGAACUCACAGCCAACCUGUAUGAGCUACUAAGUGUCACAGAUGACAGUUAUGAAGAUGAGGAGGAGGAGGGUGGAGAUGGAUCAGCAGUUGCCACAGGAAUGGUUGCCAUGGAAACGGGAGAGUUAUUCUACCUGGAUACAGAUGGAAACACAGCUGCACAGGCUGUUGGAGGAUCACCAAGGAAGCAGAAGGCGCCAAUUCUCCUUAAGUCCCUGGAGGAGAUGGAAGGCAUUGUUGAUGUUGACCAGGACGGCAGUGCAUCACCCCAGACCUUUGUGUUGGAUCCUUCCCUCAUCUCCAAACAUGUCCAUGAUCCAGACGACCAGAACUUCUUCAAAACAUCUGAAAUUGUCUCAAUAACAUCCAUAGAAUCCAAUUUCGGAUCGGACACAGAGCAUGAUGGGGAUCAGAUAGAUGGUGACAUGAACUACAGUGAUGAUGGCAUUGUUGAUCAAUAUCGAGAACCUGAAGAUAAAUCAUCCAAGAAGGGAUCCGAAAAAAAUGAGCGUGAUUUGAUAGAUGUUAAGGAUGUAAAAUUGGGGUCCAAUGAUCUCAAAGGUGAAGUAAAUAUGCUGAUAAAAUCUGGAAAGGAUAUCCUUGCUUAUGAUAGUAUAGGUGAAGGGUCUGAAAGAGAAAAAGAGAGUUUGAAAUAUGACAUUAUAGAAGUGAGCUCAGUUGCAGACACAUCACUAUCAUCUGUUGACACGCACCAAGUUAAAAGUGUUGUGCGCAAAGUCAGCCCAAAGAAACAUGAUAAUGUAAACGUUCAAGAUGUGGAAAUGGAAAGAGAUAGUAGCCCUUCAGUCAUUUGUGAAGAUUCUGAAGAAGAGCUCAAACUUGAGAUUGGAACUGACGAUGAUGAAACUAUCCAUGAGAGUAGCGUGGAGAACUUCGAUGUUGAGGUGGUUCCACAGGAUGUGGAAACUUCUAUUCCUAGUUUAGGUGAAACAAACACAGUCCAGGAAUCAGGAAUCGUGAAAUCACCAAACCAUUCCAAUGAUAGCCAUGCAAUAAAACGCAAUCCUAAUGGAUCUGAUUCUCCUGUCAGAAAAUCACCGAGAAAAUCGAGAAAGCUUGACAUAUCAUCUGAGUUGGAAUCAAGCGCCAUGUCAUCGUCAAUAACCUCAUUUAACACAGAGGAAGCAGACAUUACUGUUAAACUUGCAGGCUCCAAAGGCUCUGAUUCUGAAAUAGACAUGUUUUCAGAUUCUCCUGCACUUAGUGAAAAGAAGCUGAAAAACAAGAAGAACAAAGCAAGUAAGAGUCUUGAUGAAACAUAUGAAGUGCAAGAGUUACAUGCUGACAAAGACGAUGUUUUUGAACAGUUACAUAAAAGCAAUCAACAGAAUAUAGCAUCAGAUGGAACAGAUGAUGAAGGGGAAGUUAAAGGAAAUACAGGCAGAAGUAAAUCAACUGAAGAAAUUUUUGAGAUUGUAGAUGAAAUCCAAGAAAAGCUUAAAACUCCAAACCUAAGGUCAGUUCAUAGAAAAGAGAAUGAUGAAUCUAUGUUCACGGAAUCAUCAGCUGAGUCAAAUGAAGUGGUCUCUCUUCAUUCGGAUGAAGAGUCGGAUGAAUGUACUGAAGAUCAAAUGAUAAAGUCAAAGGAAAUGAAAAAAAUGGUUGCUCAAAUCAGUGAAGAUACUGAAUCUAAACAAGAAACCACAAAAAAGAACACAUCCUCCCCAAAAUCUGUUAGAAAAACACCGCAGAAAGGGGAUGGAAAGACACCUAAGAAAUCUGAAGGAAAAACACCUAAGAUCUCUGAAGGUAAGACACCUAAAAAGUCUGAAGGAACAACACCUAAUAAGUCUGAAGGAAAGAAACUUAGCAAGUCUGAAGGAAUACCCAUUAAAUCUGAUGGAAAGACACCUAAGAAGUCAGAAGGAAAAACACCGAAUAAAUCUGAAGGAAAAACACAGAAAAAUUCUGAAGGAACAACACCUAAUAAAUCUGAAGGUAAAACACCUAAUAAGUCGGAUGGACAAAUUCCUAAUACGUCUGAAGGGAAGACACCAAACAGGUUUGAUGGAAAAACACCUAAUAGAUCUGAUGGAAAGACACCUAAUAGAUCUGAUGGAAAGACACCUAAUAGAUGUGAUGUAAAGACACCUAAUAGGUCUGAAGGAAAAACACCUAAUGAGUCUGAUGGAAAGACACCUAAGAAAUCUGAUGUAAAGACACCUAAGCAAUCUGAAGGAAAGACACCUAAGCGAUCUGAAGGAAAGACUCCUAAAAAGUCUGAAACUAUUUCAAAUGAAAAUGUCAAACAAGAUAAACUUGAAGACAGGACAGAAAAAUCCCUGAUAAAGUCACCAAAGUUUAAUGAAACAGAAGAUCUUGAAAUUAAACUCCGAAAACAUGAAAAAGCCACAAAAUCUUCAGUUGAGUUAAAUGACGUAAUAUCCCUUCCAACUGAUACUGAUUCAGAUGAUGAACUAGUUUUCAAAAACACACCUAAGAAAGUGUUAAAAGAAAGUGCAAAUAUAGAUGAAGAUGAUGAAUUUGAACAUAAUAUCAAAAAAGGUCGUAAAACACCCCAAAAACAUGAUAAGAAGACACCAAAAAAGUCUGAGAGCAAAACACCCAAGCAACAAGUCAGAAAGACACCCAAAAUGUCUGAUGGCAAAACUCCGAAAUCAGAAAAUAACCAAGCUGAAAAUGUGGAUGAUUCUUUGCAAGAUUUUGUGAAUGAGGGUGAACAUGAAUCUAAUAGCUUAAAAUCUAAUAGCUUAAAGUCAAAAUCACCCAAGAUGCAUCAAAAGUUAGAAAAAGAAACUGCAAAACAUCUUAUUGACCAUGCUGGUAAGUCCCCUAACAACUUAUCCGAGAAAAAAAAUGAAACAGGUAAACAAAAUGAAGAAACCACAGACAAUGAAAGUGACUUUGAAUCAGUCAUUGUUGUGGAGAAGAAAAAAAAUCAGACUCCCAAAGACAAAAACAGCUUAUCUAGAACAAAAACUCCUGAUAAAAUGCUCAUUGAAAGUAUGCCACAAUCUGACAGUGAUUGCAUACCCUCUAGUCAAAAGAAAAGAAAGUCUAGUGCAAAUAUUGAAGUAGCUAAAAGUGUUAUAAAUAUUUUGGAUGACAGUGAAAGUGAAUCAGAUAUACCAGUAGUUCCUGACAUAGGGAAGCACAUAAAAUCACCAGUGAAAAAUGAAGAUAAAACAAAUAAAUCACCAUUUGCAAAGGAGAAAGGCACUAAGAUGUCUCCAAAAGCGAAGCAAACUAAUGUGGAAGAAGAAAAAACGACUGAAUUGCAAUUGGAUGAAAACAAAGAGGAAGUGUCUCCGGCAAAACGAUCCAGAAGAAGCAUAAAAACAAAGAGUCAGGCUGAGCCCUUGAAGGAAUCUGAUAUAGAUAGUGAUGCUUCUGUGGCAACAAGAGCUACUCGUCAAAGAUCUACAAAGAAACAGACUCCUGUGGAAAAGUCUGAACCUGUGUCAACUGCUAAAGGAAAGGCAGUAAAAAGAAGGGUCAGUCUAUCAAAGGGCCAGGAAGCUCUGAGUGAUACAGAUUUAACUGACCAGUCAGAUUUUGAAACUCGCUCCACAAGGCGUAGGUCUACAGUUGCAUCCAAAAUGACUGUGAUUAAAGAAAAAGAAGAAUUGCCUAAACAAAUGUCAGCCAGUCAACCUGAACCGGGAACACCCAAAACAAGACCACCAAGAAAGCUGUCUUCAUCAACAUCUAAGAAGAUGACGCAGAAGGUGGAGAACCUAAGGGGAACAAGGAAAAGACGCCUGUCAGGGGAGCUCUCCGAACAAAGUGUUGGAUCUACUGAUUCAGAAGUCUCAUUCCCAAAAAUGAAAAAGGUGCCAGCUGCUGCAGCUGACAAGAAGCAAGCCACAGUUACUGCUGAAAAGAAGCCUGCAUCUCGAAGGUUAUCAGCUCCACCUACGAAGGGCAGUGAUUCAGAGACAGCCAGCUCAAAAAGGUACUCCUUGAGAAAGAAAUGAAAAGAUGAUAUGCUGGCGUUCGGCUAGAGACUGGGAUUGGUACCAUGAUGGUGAAUUAACUUGGGCUUUGUGAUACAAGUUGCAUGGUGAAAGGGAUACGCAAUGUUUGAAUAGUGCAUUCCAUUGUUGACUGUGACAAUAUACGAGUCAUGUUACACAAAGUAUCAUUCUUGUAAUUCCUGGGCUUAUUGCAAAACUGUUGUAACUCAAUAUAGAAAUGGAUGAUGUUGCAACAGUCUUCACUUAGUCCUCAAAGAGUAUAAUAAUGCUUGUUAUUUUAAAAAAAAAGGUUCUACAGACAGACAGACGUGCAACUUGUGCCCUGUAUGAUCUGUUCAGGUUUAUGCAUGUUUAUCUAUGUUUCCAUGUUAUAUUUUUCAUAGUUCAUUGUGUACUUGUUGUUCAGUUUUGCCUGCUAAGUGCCUUCUAAAGAACUGUUUCUCAGUGAACGUUCUGCAAGAUUUUUAUUUGUAAUCACAGUGUCACAAGAGUUGUUGUGUAAAGAUAUUUUUGAUACUGGUACAAUUAGCCGAACUUUUCAAAAUCUGACCAUUUUAUAGUGUACACACAUUGUGGCAUUCUUCAAUUUACUUUGAGUCUUGUUUUUCAA